GCUUAAAAUAUUGAACAAAUAUUAUAAACUAGACAGCGAAGAUUGAAGCCAUGAUUCUUUUCUUUCUUGUCUGUCUUUUCGUGCUUGCUUCAGGCGAACCAGAAAGAGAUGCCUUUCUCUAUGGAAAGUUCCCCAAAGAUUUUUUAUUUGGAGCUUCGACAGCUGCUUUCCAGAUCGAAGGAGGAUGGAACGCUGAUGGGAAAGGACUGAGUAUUUACGAUGUGUUGACUCAUCAAAGGCCUUUCCUCUUUAAAAACCAGAAUGCUGAUGUUGCUGCUGAUAGCUACCACAAGUACAAGGAAGACGUGAAAAUCCUCAAGGACUAUGGAGCUAAAGCAUACCGUUUUUCUAUCUCGUGGAGCCGAGUGCUUCCUAAUGGAACUGCUGACAAGAUAAACCAACCAGGAAUUGACUACUACAACAAGCUUCUCGAUGAGCUAAAAGCGAACAACAUCGAGCCUCUCGUUACUCUCUACCACUGGGAUCUUCCUUUCGAGUUUUAUGACAUCGGUGGCUGGCUGAACGAGUCCAUGGUGGGAUAUUUCAACGACUAUGCCAAAGUGUGUUUCAAGUACUUUGGUUCAAAGGUAAAAAAGUGGAUAACCAUUAAUGAGCCAUUGGUGAUAAUGGAACGACAUCCAUUCUACAUGAAAGGCGUUAUAAACAAUAAAACUGAGCAGUCCAUCCUGCAGUACCGAACCAUGCAUAACCUGAUCCUCGCGCACGCCACGGCAUACAGGACGUAUGCUAAAGAGUUCAAGCCGAGUCAAGAUGGAGAGAUUUCACUUGCACUAAGCAGUGCCUGGGGAGAGCCUAAAACAAGCAGUAAACCAGAUACUGAUGCAGCAGAAAGAUACAUGCAGUUUAACCUUGGUAUAUUUGCUCACCCGAUUUAUGUAGACGGCGAUUAUCCUACAGUUGUGAAGGAAUAUGUAGCCAAGAAAAGCGCCGCUGGUGGAAUACCAAAUCGCUUCCCAAGCUUCACUGCCGAGCAGAAAGAAAUGGUUAAAGGAAGUGCAGAUUUCUUUGGUGUAAAUCACUACGACUCAUUGCUAAUCGAAUACCUUGAUUUCAAUGCUAGAAAUGCGACACCCCAAGAGUUCCGCAAGGAUGGGAACUUCAACACCAGCACCAAUAGCUCAUGGGAAGUCACGGGGGUGUACGAUUUCAAGGUAGUCCCCUGGGGAAUGCGCCGGCUUCUUGCUUUUAUCAAGAGGAACUACAAGAACCCAGCGGUCUAUGUCACCGAAAAUGGCUGCAUGGUUCCUGGAGAGUACACCAUGACACUAGAAGAACGCCUUAACGAUGAUUUCAGGAUAAGCUUCUAUCGACGGUACAUCAACGAAGCUCUGAAGGCUCAUCUCAAGGAUGGGGUCAAUUUGAAAGGAUACAUGGCUUGGACGCUGAUGGAUAACUUCGAGUGGGCGGAAGGUUACCAUGCAACGUUUGGACUUCACUCUAUUAAUUACUCAGAACCGGAACGCACUCGUGUGCCCAAGAAGUCGGUGUCGUUCUUCAAGACUCUGAUUGAGGAUAAUGGUUUUGUAUCUGCGUCAGGUGGCAUGGCAGUCAGGUCUACUGGGCUCGGCUUUGCUGCUGGAUGUUUGCUCACAGUUCUCACAUUGAAAUAUGUAGCUUAGAAGGGACACUUUCACAUCAAACUUAGCCAUGAACAUUGAAAAGCUGAAUAAGAUUCUAGUAGAAUUUUUAUAGUGUUUGUUAAGUUUUAUAAUUUAUAGUUUUUUUAAGUACAUGAAAUCUAGGCACUAGACAGCCUAUAAAAGAUGCAAUUUUGGUCAAGAUCCUAGUAGAGUUUUUGUAGUGUGUGUUCAGUUACAUAAUUUAUAAUUUUGUUUAAGUACAUGCAAUCUAGGCACUAUGUCAUAAAAAUAAAGGUUUCAGAAACCAAAUGAUUGAUUAGAUGAAUAAAGAAAUCAAUGUGAAUAAAUGUCUGUGCUCUUGAA